AUGGGCAAGCUCAUCAAGAACCAUCUUGCUCGAUUGAUCGUUAUGACCGCUGCUGCCUACCAAAUUGCAGCUGGUGUCCACGGCUACUUCUGGCCCAAGAUCUUUUGGGACAUGUGGACAACGACAUUGAACCCGCUGGUUACACCUGCACCGAUCUUGCAGACUCUCAAUGUUGUCGCAGGUCUCUUCAUGCUAGCAUGGGAAUAUCCUUUCCCAUUGCUCGUUCCAGGAACUGCUUUCCACCGCAGCAUUGUCGCCCGUCUCGUCGCUUUGCCAAUCGUUACCUUGAUCGCUGUCUUAUUAUAUCAAGGAACGAAUCCAGCACUAUACUAUAUCGUUGGAGCUGGUGUCUAUCUAUGGGCAUUGAAUGAAGGAGAGGUCGUCUGCAUGCCAUGGAAAGUACCCACGAGAGGGAAGAGCCAGGGAGGCAGCAGAGCAUAA